AUGGUACAAGACUCCGACGUGCAUGCCCUGUCUCGAGUCUCCCAUAAACUAUACACUCUAAUACAGGAGUUCCUCAAUCAGGGCAACGUCGGCGACUUGCACCUCCAAUCUGAUGUACCGGCUCGUUCUGCGCGUUCCCCUGUUAUCCAAAACCUCAGACUCGCCAUUACCUUUCAAUUGAUGCUCGAGUCUGCUGAGCUUUCGCGAGGUCGUUCCAACCUCUCCGCCGAAAGCCCGGCUCACCCCAGCUCACAGAAUGAGCCCUGCAGUGGGGAUUCCCAAGAGCAUUCCCAAAAUGCCAAUUUCCGUACGGCGAUUCGUGGGCCUGGUAAUUUCAGAGAAACGCAAACAGAUACUAUAGACAGGAGCAAAUGGUUCCCCUGCACCAUCUGCGGUCAGAGAUUUCCAUUUGCGAAGAGGGUCACCUGGCAUAUGAAAACCCACGCAUCACCCUCUCGCCGGUUGACCAGGCGCUCGGCAGUGGCACGGAAGGGCAUGAAUGAAGCCCGUACCGUUCCAUCCUCGUCUGUCCGCGAGUCCACUCCGGACACCGAUAUGCUUGCUGGUAAUUUUGAGCUCCACCCGGGCAUUCCUUCGGAAUUCGAUCUUGGGUCACCGCUCGUGGGGUCUCAUGAGCAAAUGAAGCAUCAAGAGGCGGUUCAUGACCUUGUAGCUGGGGUAGCUCAGGAUGUGGAUGAUGUUCGUUCCGCGGCAGCACAGCUCAGGCAGGUUGACGUUGAGAAAGCUCACGACGCUAACGAGCGAGAGUGUCCUAUGGAUGAAGCCCCAGGACACAUUGAUGCGGCGACGCUACUAGCACGCGGAAGCGGCAGCGCAAAUACGAUCCGAAUAGACAGUCGCGGGAGGAUGUUUCACCCGUCAACGCCAAAUCUGCACCACUGCACCCAAUGCCCCCACUCUUUCACCAGUAAAGCAGCACUAGCCAACCACCUCAAGUCGCACUUAAUUAAACCCGUCACACGUGCACCUCGUAUACCCAUUUCAAGAGAAUGGAAGUGCACGAGCUGUGAUAGGAUCUUCACCACCAAACAAGCGCUCAGCAAUCAUCUCAAGUCGCAUGAGAACAUAUAUAAGUGCCCUAAGUGUGCAAAGGCCUACCACAGGGAGAGAGACCUCGCCAAACAUCUCGUGUCCCACGAGGAUAGAAGGGCUGGGAAUUGUGUCUGUGGGAGGAAGUUCUUCAAGCUGACCCAUCUGGAGCGUCACGAGAACGUGUGCGAACAGCACUGGGCCCUCAUCGAGUCCAUGAAGGUUCCAAGUUACGAGCCAGGUAAUUAG